AUGACUUUUUGCGCAUAUAUGGACCCCCUUAACUGGGCACACAGGAUGUAUUUGAUUGAAGCAAUUGAUGAAUGCGGCUUCGAGAAUGGUUGGGAGCCGAUUAUUCAAAAAAUCCAAUUAUUAUGUUCUACUUUCAUGCCCGAACAAGGUUCAACUUUCAACUUAAGUCCAGAUAACUGCAAUUUAUGGUAUCUUCAAGUUUUAGCUGAGUUUGGAGACUUCAGAAGACUUAGCGAUCCAUUAACUCCACCAUCUCAAGAAAUCAAAGACAAAAUCAAGGCAAUGCGAAGAUCCCAGUUACGUCACGAGCUACUCCUCGUAAAUAAUCAGCUCAGAUAUAACAAUUACAUCCUUAAACACCAUCAUGAUAAUCCAAUCAUUGCCCAGGACCUUCAGUGGGUGAGAUUUAAUACAGAACCUAAAGCACAACCACAGAUCAUCAAUAAUUUACUCGUAGAGACCUGCAUUAAAGUUAACGAAUCAGAAUGGUUCAAAGUUUUACCAACACAAGGUCUUCAAGGCAAGAAAUUGCUUUCUAUGAAUGAUGUACUUGCUCGCUGCAUUUCAGGAGCUGUCACAGACGCUUUAGAGUUUGUUCGUGAUAUUAUUCAGAUUCACACGAACUACAGCAUUUGUACUCUAUCAGAUCGUGAAAAGAAUGCGAAUAAUCAUUUACGGACAUACUGUAUCGAUGCUGUUCGUCCACUUCUUGAGAAAGAUCCGCGUUGGCAAAGAAUCAAAGAGUUUGUUGAUGUUCCACUGUAA